GCUUCCCGAGCAGUCACUCAGACGUUGUCGUCAUGUUGUCGUUGCCGUUGUCCUUGCUCCUGCUGCUCCUGAUCGCUGUGUCGAGUGGGGAGGUGGUGAACUUUAGCAACUGCGACGAUAGCGUGGAUAGCUGUACGGUUGACCAGGUGCGUGUGGAUCCGUGUCCACAGGCGGCCAAUAAUGCAGCCUGCCACAUAAAACGACGCAAGAACUCGAUCAUGAGUUUUGACUUUACGCCCAAAUUCGAUGCGGAUAAGUUGGAUGCUACACUGGUGUGGGUGAAGAGCGAGACGGAGCACCUGCCGUUGGUUACUUUGGAGCGGGACGCUUGCAAGGCUACGCCAUGUCCGGUGAAGAGUGGAGUGCAGCAAACCUAUACCUUACAGGUGCCCAUCGAGCCCAAAUUCCCAACCAGUGCCUACACCAUACGCUGGGCCCUCAAGGAUGCGGUGAGCGGCAAACGUUGCUGUUUCAACAUCGACAUCAAGGUGGUGCGUUAAAAUGUGAAAAGAAAUUAACAAUCGAAAUGAAUUUAUGCAAUAAAACUAACUUUUUCCAAAUAUAUAUAAUGUUUAUUUUCACA